AUCCGCAACUUUUCUCGCGUUUGCGCUUUUCGUCGGAGCGACGCGCACGAAGACCUUUAUGUGAUUUUUAAUCCGCUCGCUUCUUUUCUCCACUCGAAUGAGUUGUUUCCCUGCCGUUUGGAUGAUGAGGGAGUCCGGGACGAUCCGGCCGGGAUCGGACGAGGAGCCGCGGAGAGAAAAGUUCUGGACUGAGAGGAAACUUUAAAUCGUUUUCUUUUCUUUCUUUCCCUCCAUCAUGCCGCGUUCGGAACGAUCUUCUCACGAGGAAAUCUCCCCUCCCGCUUCCAGAGGAAACUGAUCCACCGAGGAUUCAGGCCGAUCCCGCAGUUUUUUUUUUUUGUUUUUUCUUCUGGCCGAGUCGAGUCUCUUCUCCCCCCCUCAAAAUGUCCUCCCAGGGUCGGAGGAGCCCCAUUGUUGGCUUGUACAGGAUGCUGUGCGUCUGGGCUGCCUGGCUCUCCGGCUCCGGGGCAGCGCUGGCUCCGAACGGGACCAUUUUCGAAGAUCAGUGCAAGAAAACCUCGACCUGCGAGGCUCUCAAGUACAACACAUGUCUGGGAUCGCCCCUGCCGUACACGCACACGUCCCUGGUCCUGGCCGAGGACUCCAGCACCCAGGAGGAGGCUUUCGAGAAGCUGACCAUGUGGUCUGGUUUGAGGAACGCCCCUCGCUGCUGGUCGGUCAUCCAGCCCCUGCUCUGCGCCGUCUACAUGCCCAAAUGUGAGAACGGGCGGGUGGAGCUGCCCAGCCAGAGCCUGUGCCUGGCCACCCGGCAGCCCUGCAGCAUCGUGGACCGGGAGCGCGGCUGGCCCGGCUUCCUCAAAUGCGACCAGUUCCCCGUCGGCUGUUCGAAUGAAGUCCAGAAGCUGAAGUUCAACACCUCGGGACAGUGUGAAGCUCCGCUGGUGAAGACGGACAUCCAGUCCAGCUGGUACAAGGAUGUGGAGGGCUGCGGGAUCCAGUGCGACAACCCGCUGUUCACCGAGGAGGAGCACGACGACAUGCACGCCUACAUCGCUUACUUUGGCACCAUCACCCUCCUCUGCACCUUCUUCACCCUGGCCACAUUUCUCGCAGACUGGAAAAACUCCAACCGCUACCCGGCCGUCAUCCUCUUCUACAUCAACGCCUGCUUCUUUGUGGGCAGCAUCGGCUGGCUGGCCCAGUUCCUGGACGGGGCGCGCACAGAGAUCGUGUGCAAGAGCGACAACACCAUGAGGCUGGGCGAGCCCUCGUCCUCAGAAACCCUGUCGUGCGUCACCAUCUUCAUCAUCGUCUACUACUCCCUGAUGUCGGGGGUGAUCUGGUUCGUCAUGCUGACCUACGCCUGGCACACGUCCUUCAAGGCGCUGGGCACCACCCACCAGCCGCUGUCCGGCCGCACCUCCUACUUCCACAUGGUCACCUGGUCCAUCCCGUUCGUCCUCACCGUGGCCAUCCUGGCCAUCGCCGAGGUGGACGGAGACUCGGUGAGCGGGAUCUGCUUCGUGGGCUAUAAGAACUACCGAUACAGAGCCGGCUUCGUGCUGGCGCCCAUCGGAGUCGUGCUCGUCGUCGGAGGCUACUUUCUCAUUAGAGGCGUCAUGACGUUAUUUUCUAUCAAGAGCAACCAUCCUGGACUGCUGAGUGAAAAAGCUGCCAGUAAAAUCAACGAGACGAUGCUGAGACUUGGUAUCUUCGGAUUCCUCGCCUUCGGCUUUGUUUUCAUCACCUUUGGCUGCCACUUCUAUGACUUCUUCAACCAGGCUGAAUGGGAGAGGAGCUUCAGAGAAUAUGUGCUGUGCGAAGCCAACGUGACCAUCGCCUCUCAGACUAACAAGCCCAUCCCCGAAUGCACCAUCAAGAACCGCCCCAGCCUGAUGGUGGAGAAAAUCAACCUGUUCUCCAUGUUUGGGACGGGCAUCGCCAUGAGCACCUGGGUCUGGACCAAAGCCACCAUCCUCAUCUGGAAACGCACCUGGUGCAAGAUUAUUGGCCGCAGCGACAACGAGCCCAAGAGGAUCAAGAAGAGCAAGAUGAUCGCCAAGGCGUUCGCCAUGAGGAAGGAGCUCCACAAGGACCCGGAGAAGGAGCUGUCGUUCAGCAUGCACACCGUGUCCCACGACGGGCCCGUGGCUGGAAUCAAUUUUGACCUGAACGAGCCGUCCAAUGACAUGUCGUCGGCUUGGGCGCAGCACGUGACCAAAAUGGUCGCCAGACGAGGAGCCAUCCUGCCUCAGGACAUUUCCGUGACCCCGACCGGGACACCAGUGCCGCCUCCGGAGGAGCGGAACAGGAUGUGGAUGGUGGAGGCGGAGAUUUCCCCGGAGAUGAUCAAGAGGAAAAAGAAGAAGAAGAAGAGGAAGAAGGAGGUGCGUCCGGCCGAAGAGGCGGCGCCGGCGGCGGACCACCAGGCCUAUCGGCAGCGGGAGUUUGGCCGCAGCUCGGUCCCCCGCCUCCCCAAGCUGCCCCGCCACCCGAGCCUGGUGGCCAACCUGCGGGAGCAGCAGAAGAUGGAGGAGGACGUCCUCCCGGGGUCGUACCCCGACCUGGACGCCCCCCGGCUGCCGCCCUACGAGGAGAGGUGUCCCUACCUGCAGUGCCGGAGCGGCAGGGGCGGCUACCCGACCCCGGACGACCGCCCCGAGGACCUGGGCCUCGGGCCGCGCUGCCCCCUCCCGUCCAGGAGGUACCCCCGGGAGGCGGGCGUGGCCGACGGGCUGUCGGACAGGAUGGCCCACCUGGCCCGGGUCCCGGCGGGCCGCAGGGUGGGCUACGGACCCAUCCACUCCCGGACCAACCUGAUGGAGGCGGAGCUUAUGGACGCUGACUCCGACUUUUAAAGUCACAACAAAGUAAGACGGAAAAAAGUGCUGGAAACUUUCACAGGUUCUUACUGAAGUGCACCGAUCGAUCCAGCUGGUCAGUUUCUGAUUUUGUUUUUCUUCAAAAAAAGAAAAAAAAAAAGGGAUAAACAGAAAAAAAACUUGUGAAUAAGU